UGAAAUGACAAAAUAUUAGUAGUCACAUGGAGUCGAAUAAAUUGGCAAUAAAACAGGAAGUAACCAUAGCGUACCCUACCAUUUAAACCAUAAUUGGCUUUGGCUUCUUUCUUCAUAGUAUUUUUUUUCUUCUUCCGCUUAGCAUUUCACUCUCGCUUCCCAAGAUGUCAGAAACACCCUUCUAUCCCCGAGAAAAGCUUGCUGAGAAGCAAAAGUAUUUCCAGAGUGUUCACAAGUAUACACACCUGAAAGGUCCCGUAGACAAAAUUACCUCAGUUGCCAUUCCACUUGCUUUGGCAACUACAUCCAUCUUCAUGAUUGGAAGGGGGAUCUACAAUAUGUCCCAUGGCAUUGGCAAGAAGGAAUAAAUGGUGGCUUCAGCGCGAUCAUUCCUAGGGAAACUCAAGCAUAAAAGAGAUUUUUUUCGGAAUAUUGUGUGUGUUUUUUCAUUUUGAAAUUUCUUGAUUUCUGUAGCUAAUAAUUGGUUAGAUGCAGAAAACACAGCGUAUCAUAUCAAUCGCUAAACACAUUGCUUUUCUGUUUUGGGUUUUACAUGCAUUUAUUGAGCUGGUGUAGAAAUCAGCUUUGCUUCAUCUAUUAACUGCCACCAUUUGAAACAUUGCACCGACUUUUUUCAUUCAGAAUCGACAAUGUGGAAAGUGCAAUUUCCAAAUCCUCAUAUAAGA